AUGGCCCAGGAAGACGACCGUCCCCGCGUCAUCCACGCCUCCAAGAGCUUCAGUCGCUUCGACUCGGCCCCGCAGGGCCCCCGCCAUCGCAGCCGCGCGAGCACCGUGGGAGCUACCAUUCCCGAGAUUCUGCAUCCCACCGCCUUUGCCCACCAGGACAGCGACCAGAGCGAGACCGGCGACGUCUUCGCCACCCGCUCCGAGGACGGCGAUGCCCACGACGACGACCGUGACGGCGACGUCGCCCUCCCGCAGUCGUUCGACGACCUGCCCAUCGAGAUCAGGAGCCUGGCCGAGAGGUUCCUCGAGUCGCUCUCCGCUCGCGUGCACCCCAGUCCCAUUGACAUAGACUCUCUGGCAAACCUGUUCCAAGAGUUCUACGUCCGCGCUGGCUCCCAGAUAGACACCCACAUUGCCGCUCUCUCGACAAGACUGUCCCGCCAGGGCUCUACCACAUCGCUCGCUUCGCGUACAUCCACAGCCUCGCGCAAUGCUCGGAAAACGUCCGACUCGGGCCAGGAGCAGCAGAUGCUCACCGUCUCGGAGAUUUCAGACCGCAAGAAGGCACGGAGAUUGCUAGAGCUCAAGAGAACCGCUCUGGAAGAGGCCGUCGAGAGGGCUGUCUGUGAGAAGAUAUACCCCCGGAUAUGGCGCCACCGGAGUACCGACGACGCUGAACGCGACGAGAAACUCCGCUCACGCACAGCCGCUCUCUCACUUGUCGGUAUCGGCCUGAAGGAACUCCUCGGACAUGGUGAGGAGAUUACACCCGAGAUGCGGAAGUCCAUGGAGGACAAGAAAGAGGAAAUCCCCGAAAUGCUUGCCGCAGCGCGUGAAAGCAUCCAAAGGAUGAACGACGAGAGAUUCCCGCAAGGAAAGCUGCAGCACCUGACUGCGGCUCACAAAAACAUCGUCGAGGCCUUGUCGCACAUUUUCCCGAGCUCAUCCUCGGCCGAUGAGAUUCUGCCGACACUGAUUUACACGCUGAUUACCAGUCCACCGGACAGCAUUUGCGUCAUCAGCAACUUGUUCUUUAUCCAGAGGUUCCGGACCGCGAGCAAAAUUGACGGCGAAGCUGCGUACUGUCUGGUGAACUUGGAAGCCUCCAUUGCCUUCCUUGAAAACGUGGAUCUCUCAACACUUCGGGCGGAUGAGCUUCCGGGUGGCCCCAACAAGUCUGUCAGACCCAUCACACCUGGUGAUGCUCCUCCGCCCAUGGAUCUUGGCAUUACCCCCGCCCAAUCGGGUCUCGCUCCGGGCGGUGAAGACGGGAAAGGAGAGGCUCCGUCACCAAUGGACAAGUCUCAGCGACGCUUGAGCAAUUUGAUCCAGCAACAAACCAACAGGAUUGAAGCAGCCAGCGAUGCAGCACGGCAGGCCGUGUUAGACAGCGCAGACCAGGCGUUCGAGUCGAUUAAUCAGACGCUUGAUAAUAGCCUCAAGUUCUUGUUCGGCCGUCUGAAAGAGCAGCAAACCGGAGGCAAGAACGAGGUGGUCCAGCCGAAGACUCUCGAAGACGUUCGCAAGCUUGUCAGCACUCCGCCGCCGAUGGACGACAAUGCCAGCGGGAGCAGUUCUAUCAACGAAGAGGCAACAGAAUCGACCCGGGACAGCAAGGUGACUGAUCUCUUUGGUGGCCGUCGCCCUCUCCGAGAGCGUAGCGUCGACAGUGCCAAGAGUGGCGCAAGCAGCAGACGCGUGGCGUUCACCCCUGCUGACAAGGGUACUGACCCUCUUACGAGCCCUCCGCCACAAGCAUCAACACCAACCAGUGCCGGUGCUUCCGCCGUGGAGUCGAUGCGGAAUCUGGGCAGCACCCUCAACCCGCUGCGUGGAUUCGGUGGCAUGAACAUGCUUCCAAAGUUCGGCAGGGCGAACACCUCGCCCGUCCCAGCUCCCACGACACCGACCCUUCCGGCUGAGAAGGCCAAGCCAGAGCCAGCCCGACCUGCGCCGACAUCUUCACCUUCUCCCGGGCCCGAGACUGACUCGAAGGCUGAUCCGAAGGCCGCCGUCGCCCUUAAACGGCUUGACGAGUUGAGCAAGACGGCGCCUCCGGUCAAGAAGUUUAUCGAUGCCAAGAACGCCCAGGACUUGAAGAUCGGAGACAUUGAUGAGUUGUUGAAAGACUACCAAAGGCUUGCAGGUGCCCUCAGGACCGCACUGAAGCCCCAGUGA